AUGUCGACACGACUCAUCAAGCAGAGCGCAUACCCUGCUUCGCCUCUGAAGCCAGUCAACGGACACCGCAUCAGUGUCAAAGACCGAUACUCUCCCGAAGGCGCACGACUCGUAGCCGGCGUCAUAGUCCUUUCCAACGAAAUCUCUCACCCUUGCGAGCCUCUGGGCAAGUAUGUGCUUUGCAUCAGCAGCUCGCGCCAUCCAAACAAGAUUGUCUUGCCCAAGGGCGGCUGGGAAGACCACGAAACUGUAGAAGAAGCGGCCCUGCGCGAGUGUUGGGAGGAAGCUGGCGUCGUAGCACAGGUCACUCGCUUCUUGAUACAGGCUAAGGAUCCACGCCCACCAAAAGCCAUCUCGCGCGCCGAAUAUCGCUACUUUGAAGUGUCGCCGAGAUGUAUCUCUGACGACUGGCCUGAGCGUGACAAGCGGACUCGGAUGUGGCUUACCUACACUGAAGCGGCGCGCGUGUUGGCAGACAGGACAGAGAUGCUGUUGGCGUUGCAGGCAAGCUCUAUCGUCAAGUCAUAG